GGCGGGGCGCAGCGCGGGCCUUUAUAAGCCGCCUCCCCGGCAGCCUCGGCGUAUAUCGCGCUGCAGCUUUGAAGUGUUGUGUGGAGUCUGCGCCUCCAGGCACCGGUCAAAAUGGCAUCAGAUGAAGGAAAACUCUUUGUCGGUGGACUGAGUUUUGACACCAAUGAGCAGUCAUUGGAACAGGUCUUCUCUAAAUACGGGCAGAUCUCGGAAGUCGUGGUGGUGAAAGACAGAGAGACUCAGAGAUCCAGAGGUUUUGGUUUUGUCACAUUUGAAAACAUAGACGAUGCUAAAGAUGCGAUGAUGGCCAUGAACGGGAAGUCUGUAGAUGGACGUCAGAUCAGAGUCGACCAGGCUGGAAAGUCAUCAGAGAACAGAUCUCGUGGUUACAGGGGGGGAGCUUCUGGGGGCAGAGGCUUUUUCCGUGGGGGCAGAGGUCGGGGCCGUGGCUUCUCCAGAGGCGAGGGAGGUGGAGACAGAGGCUACGGUGGAAGCAGAUUCGAUUCCAGAAGUGGAGGGUACAAUGGCUCCAGAGACUACUAUAAUAGCAGCAGGAGUCAAGGUGGCUAUGGUGACAGGUCUUCAGGAGGAUCCUACAGAGACAGCUAUGACAGUUAUGCUACACACAACGAGUAAAAAUCCUUCCUGCCUCAAGAUCGUCCUUCCAAUGGCUGUAUUUAUAAAGAUUUUUGGAGCUUCGCUGACAUGGUUAUUGUUGUAGUAAACAUCUCCUUGUAUUGCCACUUUUGUAGUAUUAUCAGUUCUUAAUCUUGUCAACAAAACACAGCCUGACAGCUUCUGAUGGCUCUGAUUUAAAGACUUUUUGUUUUCUCUCUCUCUCUUUCUCCUCUCUGAAAGCUUUUGGCUUUGGAGGAGGGAGGGGAUUUUAACCUUGGUUUUUUUUUGUUUCCCCUGUCUGGAAGCACUUCAGAUUUUAUUUCCUCCUUCACGAUGAGCCAUGGUGUUUUUAUAUUAAGUUUUGGGGGCCCCUUCCCGAUUUAGUUUUUCCUUUUGAGAUGGAAAGGACCUUUUGGAUUCAGUGUUCACUGGAAGCUGAACAAGCUGUGGACUCUUUUUUUUUUUCCUUUAUUUUUUUUAAGUGCAUUACCUUCGUCUUUUGUAACAUUCCUUUAGUGUAGCAAGGUAGGAAUGCAGCCUUGGGUACAAAAUUGGAAGGCAAAAAGCCACCUUGAUAUAUCUAAAGAGAAAAAAAACUCAACCAACCCUUCCUUUUUUUUUUUUUUGCUUGUAUGUUCUGAACCUUGCAUCACAAUAUUUUUACUGUUGUAAUGAUGUAAAUUACCCAGAGGAGAAAAAAAACAGAGCAAAAAAUAGACUUGGGGGAAGAAAAAAAAAAAACAGGAAAAAAAAAACAGAAAAAAAGGCAAAAAAAAAACCCACAAAAGAGGUUCUGGAAAAUGUUUAUUUAUAUUGUCCUUUUUUACUGGAAGAAAAUAUGCAUAUUCCAUUGCUAUUGUAUUUGAAAGUGGUAAAGGAUUCUUGUAUACAGUUCUUUUUCUUUCUUUCCUUUGGCUUUACGAAGCCUAUUAAAAGACCGUUCUGAAAUGAA